CAGUCAUCAUGGGUAUCCGGGGACUAAUGAGCUUUGUGGAAGAUUAUAGUAAUGAAUUCUUCGUUGACUUGAAAUUACGGAACACAAAAAUUAUCAUUGAUGGCUAUUCUCUUUUCCACCGACUUUGCUUCAAUUCAAACUUGGAACUAAGGUAUGGAGGGGACUAUGAUUCAUUUGCAGAUGUUGUACAGAAAUUCUUUGAAUCACUGUUUGCUUGUCAUAUUUGUCCAUAUGUUGUAUUAGAUGGAGGAUGUGACAUUUCAGAUAAAAAGCUGACAACUUUGAAGGAUCGAGCCAGAGAGAAGAUCCAGGCCGCCCGUUCCCUUUCUCUUGGUGGGGGUGGGAAUGUGUGUCCCUUACUCAGCCGAGAAGUGUUCAUACAGGUUUUGAUCAGGCUUAAGGUAUGUUUUGUCCAGAGCUUUUCAGAAGCAGAUCGGGACAUUAUGACACUUGCCAAUCAUUGGAAUUGUCCUGUGCUAUCAUCAGAUAGUGACUUUUGCAUUUUUGACCUGAAAAGUGGGUUUUGCUCACUGAAUAGCUUUCAGUGGAGAAAUCUGAACACUAUUAAGGGUACACAAAAUUACUAUAUUCCUGCCAGAAGCUUUUCCCUUGAUGCAUUCUGCCAUUACUUCAACAACAUGAACAAAGCUCUACUGCCUCUUUUUGCGGUGCUAUGUGGAAACGACCAUGUUAAUCUGCCCAUCAUGGAGACAUUUAUAAGCAAAAUACGUCUACCCCUUAGCUCUAAGGGGAGGAGAUAUCACCGAGUUCUAGGACUUCUGAACUGGCUGUCUCAUUUCAGUGACCCCACUGAAGCACUAGAUAACGUUCUCAAGUCUCUCCCUAAAAAGAAUCGAGAAAAUGUUAAGGAACUUCUCUGCUGCUACAUGGAGGAAUACCAGCAGUCCCAGGUGAAGCUUCAGGACUUCUUCCAGUAUGGUACUUACGUCUGUACGGAUGCUUUGGAUCUGGGUUUACCAGAGUGGGUACUGGCAGCUCUGGCCAAAGGCCAGCUACCACCUUUCAUCAGUGAUGCUUUGGUGCUCCAAAGGACUUUUCUUCACACACAGGUAGAAAAUAUGCAGCAACCAAAUGCCCACAGAAUAUCUCAGCCCAUCCGCCAAAUCAUCUAUGGACUCCUUUUGAAUGCCCCAUCACACCCAGAAGAUAUAUCCCAGAAUACACUGCCUUCCCAGCUUCUGGCUUUCAAUGAAGUGGAAAGAAUUAAUACAAAUAUCAAAACAUCAACUGUUUAUGCAAAACAACUGCUCAAGGAUCAUUAUGACUUGAGCAAACUGGCUGAGCUCCCCUUGGCUAGGCGGCAGAUGCUUCUGUUAGAAGCCCUGAAGGUCAAACAGGUUGUCCUGGAGUCCAUCCCUACUUUUCUGAAGUUGCCCAUUGCUGUGACUUGUUACUGGUUGCAGUCCACAGAGGCCAAGGCAAAGCUCCAUCAUCUGCAGGCCCUACUGCUGGGGAUGCUGAGGGAGCCCUUGCAUGCCAUCGUCAACAGCCCUGGAAAUAUGGACCCCGUACCCAGGCAGGCUCAGUGCCUUGCUUCCCGCUAUUUGUAAAAGGUAAUGAAGAUCCACAGAGAGAUGGUGCCAAGAUGUUGUAUGAGGAAUUACAACAGGUGAAGACACCCAUUCGACCGGGUAAAACACUGGAUUUGGACACAGCGCACGUCUUCUGUCAGUGGCAGUCCUGUCUCCAGAUGGGGUUGUAUCUCAACCAGCUGCUGUCCACUCCUCUGCCAGAGCCAAACCUAACUUGGUUGUACAAUGGAAGCCUGGUCCACGGACUCUGCCAGCGACUGCUAGCAUCCAGUUCUACAGACAGCCUCCUGAGCAUAUGUCAGGAGGCAAAGCAACUUUAUGAACAUUUGUUCAAUGCCACAAGGUCAUAUGCCCCAGCUGAAUUGUUUUUACCAAAAGCUAAAGCAAAAGCAAAAGCAAAAUCAAAAAAAGGGAGGCAGAAGAAAAAGGGUACCAGCCUGGGAACCACUUCAGACAACAGGCACUGGUAUGACAGAAGCAACCGGUUUGGUGUGUUAAUGCCUGAAAGCUUGGAGGAGCACGUAGAGAACUCAGAGCUUGAAUAAACAGUCUGUAGCACACAAGAUUUAUAGCUGGGACUUUAAGAUGGCUCUUUCCUCCCUUGAAGCUAAUUUUUCUUUAGGACUAACCUAUUUUGAGAUAAACUUUAUAAGAGAUCAUCUGAAUUCUAAGAUAUUUUGUACUGUAUGUAUAAUACAGCCUGACUUAAGAAAUGUCUGUAUUUAUGUGUGUUGGGGAUGGAGAGCCAUGGUACUUGUGUGGAAGUCAGGGAACAACUUGAAAGAGUUGGUUCUGAAUCCACCAUGUGGGCUCCAGGGAUCAACCUCAGGUUGUCAGGCUCAGAGACAAGGACCUCCACCUCCUGAGCCAUCUCACUGGCUCGGAAUCAUCUGCAGUUCUUCAUUGUGCUUUCAGUCCUCAUGGCCCUUUUCAGAAAAUAGUAAUAUUUUAUAACCUUUAUGUUACAGUAACAGCCAACUAUAUUUAUUUUCCAUAAAAUCUGGCAGUAAUCAUUUUAUUAAAAAAUAUUUUGGUUUUGUUUUUGAGUUUGAAAAGUCUGGGUCUUAAAGUCCGGGAGUCUGAGAGACAGUUAGAAAUGUGGUAAAUUAGACUACAUAUGGUUGAUAAACUCAUAGGUACACUACAGGUCUUAAGAGCAUGUUUUAACUGUUAACAGCCCCCAAACAUACACAGCAUUCUGAGCUGAUACAUCCAGAGCAGAAGAGAAAUGAAAAUCUCAGACCAAUACUAGUCUUCCACAUGCUGAGUUUUGAGAAAGACUCUAACACUUCAUUUUUGAUUUUUGCUGUGCUAGAGAUCUAACCCAGGCUCUGCGCAGGCUAAAGCAAGCACUCCACUGAGGUAGACCCUCAGCUACCAGUCAGCAUUUUAUAAAUCACACAAUUAGGACAGAAAAUAACACAUAAAACACCUAUUUAGUGGUUGUAAAAAUGUGUAUCUUACUACAGUCAAAACUAUAGAGUGUGAUGACACAUCCCUAUAAUCCGAAAAUCGGGGCUGAGACAGGAAAGUUGAAGGUUUGAGGUCACCUUGGGCAACAUUUUAAGCUUUGUCUUAAGAAUCCAAAAUAUUUGAGAGGUGCUAUUUUAAAAUUACUAAUACCAGCAGGUUUAUAAAGGUGCUGCCUGGUUCUGAAGCUCAGACAAGCAAUCAUGAACAAGUGGGACGAGCAUAGUGGGUCAAGUCUAAAGUGCAGUCUAACUUGCACAGCUGUGGCUCCUCCUCCUGUUGAACCACCGGAUAUUCCAUCAGUCAUCUUAAUAAUGGCUGAAAGCUGCCAACUUGAGCCAGCUCAUCUGUAGUUCUUAACAGUUAGCAAUUUUCUUGUGGGUUGAUCUGGUGCUGCUGUGUAUUCAAAUGCUAAAUUCUCUACCCCAAGAUCUGAUUGUCUACUGACUUCUUAUGUAUAUCAGUUUUUGUUGUGCAAA